AACGUAAAUCGUUUUUCUGUCGCAAACCAUUCGUCGAACCCAAACAAAUAAGUGAAACUACUUCGUGGAUAAUUGUAGUUUUUUGCAUUUUUAGGCUUUGACGGGAUGGCCGCCUCUUCGUCCUCGUCCUCUGCGGGGGGAGUGAGUGGCAGCUCGGUCACAGUUUCUGGGUUUAGCGCCUCGGAUCUGACACCUCCGAGAAAAGUGCUGUUCACGUACCCCAAAGGAUCCGGAGAGAUGAUGGAGGAUGGCUCAGAUAGAUUUCUCUGUGAAUCCGUGUUCAGUUAUCAAGUGGCCUCGACGUUAAAACAAGUCAAACAUGAUCAGCAGGUGUCGCGGAUGGAGAAGCUGGCGAGUUUGGUGGAGGAGCUGGAGGCGGACGAGUGGAGAUACAAACCCAUAGAACAACUUUUAGGUUUCACGCCUUCAUAAAUAUAAAAUAAAUAAAACCCAAAGGCAGAAACGAAAACGGGACUUUGAGCCGAAAUCUGCCAAAGACACGAGAGGAAAGAAAGAUACCUGUAGGUUUUUAACAUGUAAAAGGUGCGUUGCGUAACUUUCCUGGUGCUUUUUCCUCCAUGGAGAUGUUGUUGCUUUGUCUGGAAUGUUUCACAGUCUGGUAUUAAACCUUUUUGUCGUCCUGGAAACCAUACCAGACCAAGUUGCAGGUCAGAUCUGUGGAGAGGCGACCCCGCUCACAGUCAGAAUCUUUGUUUUUCGAGGUAUUUUUGAGCUGUAAAACCACCUGUAAUUGAAUAAACGUAAAGUAGUAGAGCUGUUUAAAGUCACACUGUGGAACAUUCCAGAUAGAGCAGUGGCAUCUCCAUAGCAACAAGCAGGUGGCGGACCCCAAAAAGUUACACAGUGCACCUUUACGUCAUGGGGUUAGCUAUAAUAACAUUCAUCGGUUUCUACUUCAUAUCAUUUCUUCCUGAUUUGAAGAAUUUUGUGAAGACCUUUCCUGGCUCGAAAGUUAUAAUCUUUUGGUCUGAAUUGCCUUAUUGCCAUGACAACGGAGGACGGUUGCCACGGCAGAUCCUUCAAACUAAGAACGAUCUUUAUGUUUACGCCCGAAACCCAUGAAAUGACCGCCAUCUUUGCCCGAUGUGGAGCCUUACCCGAUUUGGCACCGCGUUUCAAACUGAGCACACCCAGAUAUUUCGUAAGUUGCUAUGGUAACCGAUAGGGGUGUAACAAUAACCAAAACAUCGUGAUAUCGUAUCGUCAAAGUUCACACAAUAAUAUCGUGGGCCUUCACAAUAUAACAAAUCAUAUGUUUCUUUGGUAAAUUAAGAGUUAUGGUGCAGCAAUAGCUAAAAAAACAUAAGGAACUACAUAGACCAUGAUCCUUUGCUCUGUUUUGGUGCAGACUACAAGAAGAAAUAACAGUUCUAAGCACUUUUAAGUCUUAAUUCUUUGGAUUAAGUUAAGACAUUUUAAGAGAUAUCGCAAUAAAUAUCGUACCGUGGGAUUUGGAUAUUGUUACAUCCCUGGUAACCGACCGUAUUUUGGACAAACCUCAUUUCUGAGAUUCGUUUUCGUUCGAUCAAAUUUACUCUUAGGAUAUAAACUUCUUAAAGGUGCACUGCGUAACUUUUCUGGUCUGAUCUGCCGCCUGUUUGUUCCCCUGAUGUUAUUGCUUUGUCUGGAAUGUUCCGUAGUAUGACUUUAAACAUAUCCAUCUAGCGUUUAGUCAUUACAGGUGUUUCUGUGGCUCAAAAAUACAAUAAAUCCUACUGUGAAUAAGGGCGACUCCACGGAUCUGAGCCAUAACCUGCUUGGGACGGAUGAGUUUAAUCUACACUGUGGAACAUUCUAGACAAAUAAGCAAUAACGUUUCCAUGGAGACAAGCAGGCAGGUGGGACACGCUCUACUAGAAAUGUUACGCAGUGCUUCUUUAACUGGUAAAAACUUGAUGAAAGUCCGUGAAGUUUUGGCAUAAUGUAUGUAAACUGUUAAUAAACGUUACAAAACAGAUAACUUUGAUGAUUGUGGUUAAAUAUAAUAAUUUUAGAUUCUGUUUCAAGAAUAAACUGUGAAAUUGACGAA